AUGGCAAGAAGAUUGGAAAUCCGGAGCAAACGACAGAAGCCCAUUAAAAAGCAGAUCACCGAUUGGCGACUCGGUUCUUGGAACUGCAGGUCCCUGAACUUUUUGGGUUUCCAGUUCGCAUUGGCGAAUGAGUUGCAACCUCGCAACUUCGAUGUUGUGGCACUGCAGGAGGUGUGCUUGGAGGAGGAGCAGGUGCUCGACUGGCCAGGUCGGCAGACUGAUUCCCGUUUUUUUCUGAGCGGCGGCAAGGACAAGAAGCUGGGUACCGGCUUUAUUGCGCGGGGCAAGAUGCAGGAUCGCGUGUUCAGCUUCAUGGCGAUCAGCGAGCGGAUGUGCAAGUUGAGGAUAAGAGGCCGUUUCUUCAACUACAGCAUAAUCAACGUGCACUGCCCCCACGAGGAAAAGUCCGAUGAUGAAAAGGAAGCAUUCUACGCGACGCUGGAGGAGGUGUAUGACGGCUGUCCGCGGCAGGAUGUGAAAGUCAUCAUUGGGGAUAUGAACGCUCGGUUUGGGAGGGAGGAAAUGUAUCGGCCGACAAUAGGCCCAGAAAGCCUGCACUCGGUCACGAACGACAACGGCCAACGCUGCAUUGACUGUGCAGCCUCCCGUGGAAUGGUGGUCAGGACCAAGCAGCACCUGCAGGAGAUCGAGCGCGCGUCCACCACCGCCCCGCAUCGAGUGUGGGACAAGUUUGACCUGGCCCACGCUACAUCGCCAGAAGAGACGAGCCGUCAACAUCUCGUCUGGAGGCGGUUCCAUCCGCCCACGUGCUGGCCCGGAAAGCCAAGUUCCGGCCCGCGCAGCAUCAUCGAAGUCGACCGCGCCCUCGUAGGUCGAACCGGCAGCGUCGUCCGCACCGUCCGCGAACACGCGGCGAGAAACAACAUCAGCAGCAGCAUCAACCGGCGGGCCCCUCCGUUCAACACCGCAUGUCUGCAGAACGGGGAAGUGGCCCACAGUUACGCGCAGCAGCUGGAAGCGAAUCUGCCAGGUGAGGAGGAACUUGGCGCAGCCUCGCUCGAAGAUGGUUGGAGCCGUAUUCGCUCAGCCAUCGGCAGUGCAGCGGAAGCCACAUUGGGUAGUGCGAUCCGAGUCAGUCGGAAUGAUUGGUACGACGACGAGUGCCAACGGAUUACCGCUGAGAAGAAAGCAGCUUACGACAGGAAGCUGCACAAGGCGACGAGAGGGAACGUGGAACGAUACAGGCAGGCUCGGAAUCGGCAGGUCGCGGUCUUCAAGUUCAAGAAGCGCCAGCAGGAAGAUCGGGAUUGCGCAGAAAUGGAGCAGCUAUUCCGAGCUAACGAGUCGCGAAAGUUUUACGAGAAGGUGAACCGGUCCCGCAAAGGCUUCGUGCCGCGAGCCGAUGUGUGCAGGGACAAUGAGGGAAACCUGAUCGUGAACAAAAGCGAGGUGUUGGACAGGUGGAAGCAGUACUUCAACGAGCACCUCAACGGCGAUGAAGCAGACGGAGACGGCGUUGGAGUCAACCUUGGAGCGCCCGCAGCUGAUGAACAGUUCCCGGCGCCUGAUCUAGAGACGUGGAUGAUGAUGAGUUGA